AUAUUAUUUAAAAAAACGAAUUACAUUUCUAUGUUUUUAUUUAUUUAAUGAAGAAGACAUUUCACAACUAACGAUCGAUUUUUAUUAUAAACUUUAAACCAAUUAAAGAAUCAGUAUUAUUUAAAAUGAAUGUCGAAGAAUUUCGUGAAAAUGGGAAGUCUUUGAUUGAUUACAUGUGUGAUUAUGUAUCAACAAUUGAAAAGCGUAGAGUUAUUCCAAAUGUAGAACCUGGUUAUUUAAGACCAAUCCUGCCAGACGAAGCACCGGAAGAUCCAGAAAAAUGGUCUGAAAUAUUUAAGGACAUCGAAACAAAAAUUAUGCCUGGUGUUACACAUUGGAAUCAUCCACAUUUUCAUGCAUAUUUUCCAGCUGGAAAUUCUUUUCCAUCAAUUUUGGGUGACAUGUUAUCAGAUGUAAUUGGAAGCAUUGGAUUCUCAUGGGCUUCAAAUCCAGUUUGUACAGAAUUAGAGGUUGUCGUACUUGACUGGCUUGGUUCAGCAAUGGGUUUACCUAGCACUUUUCUGGCAAAAGCAACAAAUCAUAAAUCAGGAGGGGUUAUUGCAGGUUCAGCAAGUGAAUCAAUAUUUACAUGUCUAUUAGCAGCAAGAGCGCAAAGUAUAAAUUACUUGAAAGGUUCACUACAAAAAUUUGAUGGAAGUAUAUUUUUAUCCAAACUAGUAGCAUAUUGCUCCAAAGAAGCCCAUUCAUGUGUUGCAAAAGCAUGUAUGAUAUCAACAAUAAAAUUGCGUAUAUUAGAUACAGAUGAGCACCUUUCACUACGCGGCGAAACCUUAGAAAAAGCAAUUCGAGAAGAUAUAGAAAAAGGAUAUUUCCCAUUCUUCGUGGCAGCAACUUUGGGUACAACUGCUGCUUGUGCAUUCGAUAACCUUGAAGAAAUUGGUACAGUGUGUAAAAAAUUUAAAAGUAUAUGGUUUCAUGUAGAUGCUGCAUAUGCUGGAAGUGCAUUUAUAUGUCCUGAAUUGAAACAUUUUUUAAAAGGAAUACAUUUAGCUGAUUCGAUCAACACUAACAGUAACAAAUGGUUUUUAACAGCUUUUGAUUGUUCAUGUUUAUGGGUUCGAGAUAGAAUUCGAUUAACAAAUGCCAUGUCCGUGUAUGCUGCAUAUUAUCCAGAAAAUGACGAGAGCGUAGAAGCUGUGGAUUAUCGACAUUGGGGUAUACCUUUAAGCCGUCGAAUGCGUUCAUUAAAAUUAUGGUUUGUUAUGCGAUGUUAUGGCCUCAAAGGUUUGCGAGAAUACAUAAGAAACCAUAUACAACUAGCAAAAUAUUUUGAAUCUUUAGUUUUAACAGACAAUAAUUUUGAAAUAAUGAAUGAGGUUCAUUUAGGUUUAGUGUGUUUUCGAUUAAAACUUAGUGAUAAUACAAAUAAAGAUUUACUAGCAAGAAUAAAUUACGAAGGUAAAAUUCAUAUGAUACCAAGUCAAAUUAAAGGAAAAUUAUGUAUUCGAUUUUGUGUGGUUUAUGAACAUGCAACAAAAGAUCACAUUGAUUAUGCUUGGAAUGUAAUAAAAGAACAUGCAAAUAAUAUAUUAUCACAGCAACAAGACACAAUAAAAGCGGUCAGACCACCAUCAGAAACCAAACAACCUGUACUACGGCAAAUAUCACGCCAACUAUCACGACGAUUAUCAUUUGUACGAAGUUUAUCCAAGGAACAAUAUAAUCAGACAAAACAGAAACAAAAUAAUAGUUUAAGCGACGGAGCAUCACCGUUAAUUAUGCCAUCCGAAGAUGAUGAAGAUAAUAUUCUAGACAUGGAAGAUAUGACAUUAGAUAGUGAUGAUGUUUUUCCAAAUAAUAAAUAAGAAACUAUAAAAGAA